GAGAGAGAGAGAGAGGGAGAGAGAGAGCUGCCUCUGUGUUUCCUCUCAGUGAUGGGUCCUUGUGGAAGAUGGAUGCUGUGGAUCCUGUGUGCGUGUCUCACCGCUCUGCACAGUGUUGCACUCAGGGUAACCAUGAGGGAAACCAGUGUGGAGGUGGUUCAGGGGGAUUUUGUCAUCCUGCCCUGCUCCUUCUUCACCUCCAGCCCCCUCUCCAGACUCAACGUCAUCUGGACUCUGGCUCCCUCCUCCAGCCCAGACAGCCCAAUACAGGUGAUUGUGUACGACCAUGGACAGGUGAUUGAAGACCCCUCCCUCACUGGCAGGGUGGCUUUUACAGGUAUCCCCUGGAGUGCAGACAUUGUCCUGAACGACACACGAGUUUCAGACGCUGGUGUUUACCGCUGCAUGGUCAACAACCCGCCAGAGGCAGCAGAUCCUGGCAUAGGAGAGCUGGUGCUCAGUGUUCUGGCGCCUCCCUCGCUCCCCGUGUGCCAGUGGGAUGGAGUCAUCGAGAUAGGAGGAAGCGUCACGCUGUCCUGCUCCGUGGCAGAGGGCGUCCCCACCCCAGAGAUCCGCUGGGAUAAACUGAAUCCAGAGGAAAUCUCCCUUCCCAUCAACAUGGAGGGGGAUCUGUCAGGCUCUGUCCAAAUUGUCAACGUCUCCUCUCAGACGUCCGGCCUGUAUCGCUGCUCCGCCUCCAACCUCCUGGGAACAGAGAACUGCUACGUCAAUCUGUCCAUCUACAGCACCCCUGACAGCCCCUCGGGCGUCCUGCAGGGCGUGCUGCUCACCUUGUCCAUGAGCCUGGUGCUGCUGGCGCUGCUGGCGCUCGUGAUGUGGCUCCAUCGCACCGGGCAGGACGGGAGGUGGAGGGAGGGGAAAGAGGAGGAGGAGGACUACAACGAGAUACGGUACACUCCGUCUCUGAUGAAGCGCUCGUUUGUUUGAUUCCUCAACAUCACUGGGAAUUUUUUUUAAAAGGAAAGAAAAAAUGAUGCUCCAACAUCAGGUAUCAAUCAAACGACUGUCAGGACUCUGUUUUGGCCGGGGAAGGAUUAUUUUUUUUGCUGCUGAACGAUCCCUUCAUUCUGCUGCACAUACAGCAUCACACAUUCUGAAAUAAAAG